GGAUGGAAAAAAAAAUUAUGUAUCUUUCCUAUAAGAUGUGCAUGUAACUCUCUGUGUACUUUUUUUUCGUGACAAUAAAAGACAGUGGAAAAGAUUGUAUCAUUCCAAUUUUCAAGAGUUGCAUUAAACUGUUCCGACGCAAUUAGCUUUUGGAGCAACUUGUGAAUCACAAGCGCUACCGGUGCAGUGAGCUACACUUUCCCCGCCACAAUUUUGAGUUUCCAUUAUAUAAAACAUUCCUACCCCGCAAAACAGCUCGAGUUACGAUUCAGAUCCAUUGGACCACGAGGUAUUCAUAGCGUCACCGCCGUCUGUUUCGCUUUCCCUCACUCCAGUACGAUUCGCGAACGAUAUAGAAGUCGCCGUCCCAGUGCCUCGCAGACGGGGAAUAAAGUAGACGUUCAUCCAUCAUGUCGCUGUCGCAGAGAGUAACGUCGUUUGAAUCGCUGUCGCCGGAAAGAGGCAGGUCUCCGGCGGGUUCGCAGAGGAGGAAAUUGAGCUUCAGUCCGUUGCCGGGAAAUUGGGGGGAUGAUUUGGAACCGCAGGAACAGGUUGUUGAGGAGAUUGAAACGGUGGCCGCGUUUGAAGUUUCGAAGGGAAAGCGAAUCUUGCAAGUCGCAAUUGCAGUAGUUUGCUGUCUCCUCGCUGCCGGUAUCGUCUUCGGUUAUGCAGCACUCAAACCAGUCCUUAUCCGCGAAGGGGUUUAUCGAGAAUAUUGUACAGAAGAUGAAUUGAAGGAAGGAGUACGAACUUGCUUCGAGCAGGAGAUACAUUUGAACUUGAUGUUCACGAUUGCUGCGGUUGGCACAAAUGUUGCAGCUUUACCAAUUGGCUCUAUCUUGGAUAACUUUGGUCCAAGAGUAGCUGGUAUCAUAGGAAGCAUUUUCUUGGCGGUUGGGGCUACACUCUUUGCUUUUGCUGAUGAGUUACCCUUUGAUGGAUUCAUUCCAGGAUAUUUGUUGUUGGCACUUGGAGGAGCUUUCUUCUUGAUUACCUCUUAUCAGCUUUCGAAUACCUUUCCCAAACAUUCCGGGUUGAUCUUGGCUCUUUUGACUGGUGCCUUUGACACCUCUAGUGCGCUCUUCCUCGUAUAUCGAAUCAUAUAUCAAUGGAGUGAUGGUACUUUUCACAUCAAGCAGUUCUUCCUCAUCUAUCUGAUCGUCCCGGCUUUUAUUCUUAUCGCACAAAUAUUCGUCAUGCCGUCGCAAUCGUAUAAGACAGUCGGCGAAAUGGUUAAACAGGUCGAAGACGACGAUUUAUUUGACGAUCAAAUGGACGAAACUACAGCUCUCCUUCGCGAAGAGCGUCGUCAACGUCGUGAUUCUAUUGUCUCAGAAAUAACCGAACUACUAGGCACCAAGCCGGGCAGCAAACAAGUUAAACAAGAAGAGCGUAAGAACAAAGUCUCGGGAGUAUGGGGAGUGUUGCACGGAAAAACUGUAGUACAACAAAUCCUGUCUCCAUGGUUCAUCCUUAUUACCCUAUUUACCGUUAUCCAAAUGACACGGAUCAAUUUCUUCGUCGCCACCAUUCGUCCACAAUACGAGUACCUCCUUGAUUCUUACAGCAAAGCCGUCGAAGUUAACACGUUCUUCGAUCUGGCUCUCCCAUUAGGAGGCGUUCUCUCAAUCCCUUUCAUUGGCAUUAUUCUCGACAAUACCAGUACCGCGUUUGUUCUCUCGCUUCUCGUGACCAUCGCUACCACCAUUGGCGUUCUCGGCAUGCUCCCCUUUUCCUGGGCCGCCUAUGCUAAUAUCUCUCUUUUCGUCCUCUACCGUCCCUUCUACUACACCGCCGUAUCCGAUUACUCGGCCAAGGUCUUUGGAUUUCGUACUUUUGGAACAGUGUACGGAUUGAUCAUCUGUUUAGCAGGCCUCCUCAAUUUUAGUCAGAGUGGAUUAGAUGCCCUUCUCCACAAAGUCUUCAACGGAAAUCCAGUCCCUAUCAAUGGUAUGUUGAUGGGAUCAGCAUUAGUCGUGGGAAUCAUCCUUUGCAUAUUUGUAGCUUGGAAAGCAUACACCUUGAAGCGGGAUGGCUUGGAAAUAGAGGCAGAAGCUGCGAGAGAAACAGUAAUGCCUGGUGCGGACAGUCCGGAACGAUUAUAGGUCGGUUCUGGAUUAUUCACCUAAAGUAAUAUUAUUUGGAAAUGGUUCUUUCGGUUGGAAAUAUAAAUUGAUGGAGGUAUGGAUAUAUGGAAUGGCGUUUUCUGGAAUAUUAUUCUGUCUGGGCAAUUAAUGAGUGAGCGGGCGUGCUUGGAUUGGAUUUGGAUUUGGAUUUGGAUUUGGAUUUGGGGAGUCGUCUCAUACAUAUCAUAUCAUAUCUUACCAUACGUAUACGCACGCAUAUAUCAUAAUUAUUCUGGGAGUUUCAUCGAUGAGAUGUGAUAUCCUGUGUUGUUAAUUAUCCACACACAUACAGAAGAAUGUAUAAUUUAAAGUCAAGCA